UUUAAUUUCCAAUUUUUCUCUAUUCCGUCUAAAUAGAUACGAUAUCACAUGUAGACUACGAACGCUAGUAAAUAAUAUUAAUUGAUGUCUCUUUGGCCAUACAAUUACAAACAGAAGAGUGUGUGAGCUAAAGAGAGUUGUCAAAGAUGUCUUGUAUCCAUUUCAAGUUCAAGAGCAACUUGGAGUAUGAGAAAGUGUCGUUUGGAGGACUCCAGAUUUCCCUGGGGGAGCUUAAGGAGGCUAUAAUGAAACAGAAGAAGAUCGGCGGAGCCAACCAGUACUCUCUGAGUGUCAGGGACGCACAGAGCAAGAAAUUGUACAAGGAUGACAAUGAGAUGGUAUCACGCAACUCCUCGGUGAUUAUCAGUCGUGUUCCCCUCGUCAAUGCUCCCAAGAUACCCAAAACACAGAAUCAAGACCCCUCCCUCCCACAACCAGCAUCGUCCAGGGCUACCACUACCGGGGGAAUCCCCUCCACUGCCCUCCCUGCACUUACCUCGGCCUCGGAGACGGUGCAGGACGGGAAGCUAUCCGCCGAACAACUCGCCAAGAUGCCCGACCUCUCCAAGGCAAAUGCGACUGAAGAGGAGAAGAUGAUUGCCAUGAUGAACCAAUCGGCUGAGGACUACAACCCUUCAAGGUAUGUCAAGUUUGCUGGCCCUCGCAGAGGAGGUGGCGGAGGAGGAGGAGGUGGUGUAGGUGGUGGGGGUAUGAUGACGAGACCUCCUCCGCCCACCUAUCGCUGCUAUCGCUGUGGGCAACAAGGGCACUUCAUCAAUCAAUGCCCAACCAACGGGGACCCCAAAUUCGACAACUACCGCUACAAGCCCGUCCGAGGAACUCCGUCCAAUCAGUUGAUCCCUGCCCCUGGCGACGUACAGGGGGCUAUGAUGGAUCGUCAUGGCAACCUUGUUGUACGAGCCGUAGACUAUCAAGCAUUCCUCAACUCCCAGAUGAAGGGCAAGAAGACAGGUGCUGCAAUGGAGGCUCCUAAAGAGGCCAAGGUUCCACCGGAGCUUCUCUGUCAUCUGUGUAAGGAGCUGGUACGCGAUGCAGUCAUCAUCCCUUGCUGUGGGGAGAGCUUCUGUUAUGAGUGUAUCCAGGACCACCUCUGUGAGAAGGAGUUCACUUGUCCCAUGUGUAAGGCCUCUGAUGUGUCACCAGAGAGACUGGCUCCCAACAAAGCACUCAGAACAGCUGCUAAGAAUUUCCAACUGAAGGCAGCUGAGGAGAAAAGCGAAGCAGUUGCUAGGGGAUUCGUCAAACAAGCUCCGCUGGCCAUCCGUCUCCCCGCCCCCACACCCACACCCUCACAAUCCCCACACACCACUGCUAAGGCUUCCACCAUCCUCACAACCAGUGCUACUCAAUCACAAGACUCCACUUCUACCACAAUCACUGAAAUCAACUCUCCACGAAACAACAACGACACUACAGAUGGUCCUUCAGAUAAGACAGCCAGCGAGGCAGUCACCAACAGCACAGCAGCUGCUGUCAGUGAGAGCAACACUAUGGUUACACCUGCCAGCCCGCCUACACCAUGUACCCCGGACUCCCCUCUCCUGGCAGAGGCAAACUUGAAACUAGAAAAGAUUAUGCUGAAUGGUCUGGCUGGUAUAAGCUCAGCAGGAAGUGUACCAGUGAUAAAAAUGGACCCCAGGGCCCACCUCCUGCGUCCUGGUGUCUAUCCUCCCGCCCACCUCCUGGCUCCCACCUUGCUCCCUCAACCACGACUAACCAGUGCUGCUGACCUCCUCCUGAGCCAUGGCAAGACUAGCCCCUCCCCUCCGCCACUCAGUGCCGACGAAUUCUACAGACAACAGAAGCUGUUGAAACUUUUGACAAAAAAGACUGGCAGUAGAUCUAACACUCCUGGUUCCAAUUCCAGUUGGUCAGGAUCCAAUACCGGCUCGAAUAGCAGAUCCCGUUCCAGAUCAUGGAGCUACGAUUCUCGAUCACGUUCUCGAUCCCCUCACCAAAAGAAGCACAAAACAACUUCAAGGAAAAUAAAAACGCACGCACACAAACGAUCACGACACGUGCAAGAACGAGAAACUGAACACACCACCAAACAUCGCUCACACCGAAAACGCCCACACAGCCGAGAGAAAAAGGAGGAAGUGUCGAAAAGAACGACUAAAAGACAUCGCAGUCGAAGCGUAUCUCCAGAUCGGAAAAGAUCUAAAGUUGAUGUUGCUUUAUCUCGUACUGAUGGGCCCUCAGAGGGUGAGGAAAACGGCUCUCAUAAACACAAGAAUAAGAAGAGAAGCAAGAGAAAGCACAGACACAGCAGAAGUACUCGUGAAGAGGGGGAGGCCGCAACCACACCUUCAAUAGACGCUAUGGAAGUCGGAGAGAGUCAAAGCCAAGAACAGGGAACCAGCGAACCAUCCUCCAUCGUAGACACCUCUGAAGCUAGCUCCUUGAAGGAGGCAGAGCAGGUCACACCAGAUGUGGAGGGGAAGUCCCUGGAGACUAGUACAGUUCAAGAACCUGAUAGCGAUGAGUUGAACAAUAAUAAUAAUAUGGAGAAGGAUGAUCUUUCCAUUCUGGUUCCGGAUCAGGAUAGUUCUACAAUAGAAGUGGAACUGAAUGAGGACACUCAGACGGCUGUGAGUAGCGAUGUUGAUGAUGGAGUAUUAGUGGAAGUCCAUAUCGAUGGAGAUAUUGACGGCCUGGAUCAAGAGUUGGGUGUGGUCCUGGGUGGAGUCACACCAGAGACUGAGACUGACAAGGAGGAAGGUGGAGGCAAGGAGGACGGUGAGAUCAGUGACAGUGGAGGGUCACGUCCAAUAACACCGUAUGUCGCCCAACAAGCAAGCCACACCCCCAAACCACUCUCACCAGAAGAGGACCUGCGAGCCGAAAUCGAGCGAGCUAAGAAAAAACGAGAAUUGGACAAACAACGAGAAUUGGAAAACAUAAUCGAGCCCCUUCCAUCUUCCAUACCGUUAGAACCGAUUCCAAUUCCUGAGACCAUAGUUCACACUAAAAAAAUCAAGAAACGCAAACCAGCGCCUGUAAUUAGCAGUGAUGAGUACGACAGCAGCUCCAGUAGUAGUGAGUCUGAAGAUUCUGAGGCCGAGAGAAUUGCUCGCAAGAAGUUACAGAAGUUGAAGCAGCGUUCUAAACGCAAGCACUCGAGUAGUAGUAAGAGCAGGGAUCGAAGAGAGAAGGAGAAGGCAGUAAAGAGUAAGAAGAAAAAAGAGCACAGUAGAUCUAAGAAGGAUUCUCGUGAUAGAAAAAUUAAAAAGGCAGCAAAGUUACAUCGAGAUGAGUACAAGAUUAGAAAGGUUGAUAAGGCCAAAAAAUCAAAAUCUUCGAGACACUGAACUAGUGGACAGACUAACUAGUUAACUUAACUUUUCAGCUGUUCAGUUUUCUGUACAAAAUAUUAUUUGUAUAUAAUUAUCUGUAUAAUUAUCAAUUCCAAAUUCUAUUUAUGAUUAUUAUUAUUAUUUUGAUAUUGAAA